GCUGACGGUUGGUCACGUGGCGGUGGGAUGUCACGCGCGACCGCUUGGACAUGGCGCCUGCGGCCAUGAAGUGGAGCGGGCCGUUCAGUUUGCUCUUGGUGUUAUGGCUCACCGCGCCGUCCAGUCAGCGGGUCGUGCCGCCCGGGGCGGUGACCAGCCCGGCUGGCGAGGAGGCGCUGUCAGCCGCGCAGGCCACCGAAGAGGACAACAGCACGCGGUCGCUGCUCGUCGAGCUGGAUGACGAGGAGAAGGAGGAGAAAAGUGGCCGGACGACGAUGACGACGACGACGACCGGCCUCACCACCAGCUCGGCGCCGCCGCUCAGAAUCGAGAUCGACAUGGAGGAGACGCUGGAGAACGUCACCGGCUCCCCGCAGGGCUCCACAGAGCCGGCCUGGCACCCCUACCUCAUCAAGAUAUCUUCGGGCACGGCGACGCCCGGCACCCCGGAGCCGGCGACCACGCAGCUGCCCACCCUGAUGGAGGAGACCAUCGUGAUGAAGGUGCCCGAGUCCAGCUCCGAGAAUGAGAGCAGCACGGCCACCGCGUCCACCCAGCUGACCAUCGAGGAGCUGUCCCCCAGCACCGCGCCGCCGGCUGCCCAGGCGAGCGAAGCCUCGACCUCGGUGCUGCUGAUGCUGGAGAGCCAGCCCGAGCCGGAGCGGCAGCAUCUUCAGGAGCAGGGCGGUCCCAAGAAGAAAAGGCAGAAGCAGCACACGGAGGAAGGGGAGCCGGAGAAACCCAAGCCCCAGACCCCUUCCCGAAAGCAGAAAUUCGCCCCGCCGGUCAAAAAGUCGAAAUCCAAACCCGUGUUCGGGAAUGACACCAAACCUCACUCCUUGUUGCCUCCUGUCGCCAAAGCCUCCAGUGGCAAUGUGUCGAAUGCCCCGCAAGUGUUCCUUGUGAUCAAGGAAGUUGAUCGCAACUCGACCGCCCUUCAGCAGGAGCGUGAGCUUCCAGUGGCUAUUCAAAUUAUUGACACCAGCACCAAGGGUGCAGGCACCAGUGUCCCAGGCACUAGUGUCAAAAGUACAGACAAUGUUACUAGUGCCUCAGGCAACAGCAUCAAAACAGACACCAUCACCAAAGCCCCAGGCCCCAGCCUCCAGGGUAUAGUCACCAACAGCAAUGCCACAGGUACCAGCAUCAUGGAUACAGGCAACAUCAUGAAAACCACAAGCAUCCAAGAUAUGGUAACCAGCUUCAGUAUGAAGGAUUCGGAUAUUGUCACCAAAGCCCCAGACAUCAGUGCCCAGGAUAUUGUCACUGGCGCAACUACACGACACAUCGGCAUCACAGAAAUCGGCACCAGCACCCCAGGCAUCAUUUUAAUGGAUGCGGACCCUGUCACCAGAGCUCCAGACAUCAGUAUCACAGAUAUAGACACUGUGUCCAGCACCCCAAGCAUUAACACCAACGAAAUGGUCACCAGCACCAAAGACACCAAUACUGAUGUCGAUAAUGAAUCUGAAGUUGAUGAUACAAUCAUUAGCAUCAGUGACAAAGGAAUAAGUUUCACAGACAUUGUGACUAGAGUAACAGUUCCAGAGCCACAUUUCAAGGAGCUCUAUUUUGAUCAGCUUGUAGACCACUUCAGUUUCAACUCCCAUCAAAAGCUCUAUCGUCAAAGAUACCUUCUAACUGAUCAAUUCUGGGCCAAGAGCUUUGGACCAAUAUUCCUGUAUACUGGAAAUGAAGGUGAUAUAUGGGACUUUGCCAAUAGCUCCAGGUUCAUCAUUGAAUUAGCGUCAGAGCAACAGGCCAUGGUCAUCUUUGCUGAGCAUCGAUACUAUGGCAAAUCCCUCCCUUUUGGGAAGAAAUCAUAUGAAAAGUCAAAUAUUGAAUUUUUGACAGUGGAACAAGCCGUGGCGGAUUACGUGGUUCUUAUUACAAAACUGAAAGUUGAUCUUGAUGCUAAAAAUUGUGCAGUAAUUGCAUUUGGUGGCAGUUAUGGAGGAAUGUUAAGUGCCUACAUGAGAAUAAAGUAUCCGAAUGUUGUAGAUGGUGCUCUAGCUUCAAGUGCACCUGUGGUCUCCACAGCUAAUCUUGGAGAUAGUCGGCAGUUCUUUCAUGAUGUAACUAAAGAUUUUGAGCGUAACUCACCUGACUGUGUUUUGACAAUCCGGAAAGGGUUUCAGGAGCUUGAAUCUUUGGCACAGCAACAAGCAUGGAGUAAGAUCACCAGUAAGCUGUCUCUGUGCAAGUCGGUGAAAUCUAAGAAAGAAGUUGAUCAUCUCUAUGGAUGGGCACGAAAUGCAUUUACUUACUUAGCAAUGUUCAACUACCCAUACAAGACCGAAGUAGGAUUACAUUUCCCUGCGAAGCCAGUGGAUGUUGCCUGUCGUUACAUUCUGAAGAAAAGUGAUCAUAUUGAAGGCUUGCUAGAUAUUUUGGGUAUGUUUUAUAAUUCAACCGGGAACAAAAAAUGCUUUGAUAUCUAUACUGAGUAUAUACAUUGUUCCGAUCCGACAGGAUGUGGUUUGGGUGCUGCAAGUCAAGCAUGGGAUUUUCAGGCUUGUACAGAGAUCAAUCUGCUAUAUGAAAGCAACAAUGACACAGAUAUGUUCCCUGCCAUUCCGUUUACUGAAGCAAUGAGGAAGAGUUAUUGUCACAGUAAAUGGGGUGUAUACCCAAGUCCAGAAUGGCUAAAAAUCCAAUACUGGGGAGAUGAUUACAAAGCUGCAAGCAAUAUAAUAUUUUCCAAUGGUGACUUGGAUCCCUGGGCAAAUGGUGGUAUCCUCAAAACUGUGAAUCCUUCAGUGAUUUCUUUCAUUAUAGAGGGAGCUGCACAUCAUCUAGAUCUGAGAGCUUCAAAUGCUGCUGAUCCACCAUCAGUUACUAUAGUUCGUAAAAUGGAAUCAAGCAUCAUCAGAGACUGGGUGAAAAAUCAUCAGCUUCGUUUUGUUUAACACUAAUCAGAUGUAACAUCUGAUAAUGUUGAAUCAAAGAUGUGUACAAGCAAAGGAUGUUUUUUGUUGGCUGUGUUAACGUUUGAAACAAACUAAUGUUGGAGAGACAAAUAAUUUUGUAUUUGCACUGAUACUGAAAAAAUUUUUAUACAGUUGUCAUGUUUUAAAUGAAAUAAACAAUUUACAUAACAA